AUGCUAACACUCGAAAGAGAAUUCCAGAGAAUAACAAAAAACGCUUCAUUUGGUUUUCCUUACUGGCAGUGGGAGCAGGAUGAUAAAUCCAUGUUUUCUGAAAACUAUUAUGGUGUGCCCUCCAAUAACGCAAGUCCACGAGUCAAUGUGAGUGGAGACAUUAUAAACCCAAACGACUGGAACACAAUAUGUGAUGUAACAUACUGGAAUCGGAACAUCAAUUGUGAGACUGCAUGGAAACCUUGCAACCCAGCCAAUGAUUUAGCAGAACGGCGGCCUCUUCAGAGAGGAGGCUUUUCCCCAUAUCUCCCUAAUGUAGUGGAAGUAAUGAUAGCCAUUGCUGCUCCUUCCUAUGAUGCAGCUGAUGACAGUGGACAAUAUUUUAGGAAUGAUUCUAGAGCAAGUUUCCGAAGCAGAUUGGAAGGAUGGAAUAUGAUAUGCUCAGCAAUGAGUUGCGUCGGAUUUAAUAGUGAUAACAACCAUACACAAAACGAUCACAUGCACAACGUCGUUCAUGACUGGGUGGGGGGUCAAAUGGAUGACGUGCCUGCUGCUGUGAAUGAUCCAGUUUUCAAUCUUCAUCACUGUAAUGUGGAUAGAAUCUUGGAGAGUUGGAUGCAGCGCUUUGCAAAUGGAAAAAACUCCUCCAACCUCCUUCCUGCUUAUGUGCCAAUUUGUGGCGGACAUCCCGGGCACAACCGUGGUGACUAUUUAGUGCCUUUCUUUCCCUUAAUUACAGCAGGAGAGCAGUACCGCGUUGCAGAAGAAUGGGGGUAUGUGUAUGAUGAGCUUGUUCCGGCGAAUAUUAAAGAUAGUGAUAUACCCGACUGUAUUGACAUUCUCGCAGAAAACUCCUGUCCUAUAUGUGAUGCCAAUGGUGUCUGCAUUGACUGUACUGAUCAAACUUGUCCUCUCCCCAACUCCCAACCAAUACCUCUCACCCCUGAUUCUCCUGAUGGCAACAAUUCAUAUGCUACUGAACUAAGCCUGGGAAUUGGCCUAGGAAUCCCACUUAUAAUUGCAAUAAUUAUCAUCAUCAUCCUCCUCUGUUGUGUCAUCGCACUAAAAAAGAAGUCAACAAAGGAGGGAAAUGGAGGAGGGUAUGAAAUGACAACGAAAACGUAG